AGCUGAGCCAAAGAAAAACACUAGACGCCAUAUUAUUCAAUACUGUCAAUUUCAAACUCUCUUGAUUGAAGCGCAUUUAGAGACGUGCUUUCCAAAAUUGGUUGAUUAGUAAGAAACUAGUUACUUGGGACGCAUCCGGGUACAAGGCCUCAUAUUGGGCCAUUCUUGAGGUGUAACUGGGGUCCAGUGAAGUGACAUCACAGGAAUGGACCAGGGCCAGCCGGAUGCUAUCCACCCCCUAAUAACGAAGCUGAAUGAGGCACUGGUUCUGGAGAAUAAGUUCCAACCUCAUCUGCAGCUCCCUAGUGUGUCCCAGGACCCAACUGAAAUUACUACAGGUAUCAGAGAUGGAUCUGCCCAUGUCCUGCGCUGCCUGAAGGUGUGGUAUGACUUGCCUUCAGAUGUGCUCUUUGUUGCUAUCAACUUCAUGGAUCGGUUCCUUACCAAGAUGAAGGCACGUCCAAAGCACAUGGCUUGCAUUUCAGUGAGUUCCUUCCAUCUUGCAACAAGGCAGAUUUGUCAGUACCAGAAGAGCUGUGGACUGGAAGAGGUUUCAGCCAUCCCUGAUACACGUGAUUUGGUUGCCAUCUCACAGUGCAAAUGCACCUUGGGAGAUCUGACUAGAAUGGAGGGUAUUAUCUCAAGCAAGUUGGACACAGAGCCUGGUCUCCUGCCCAUCACCCCACUCACAUUCCUGCAGCUUUUCCAUGCACUCUUCAUAGCUGCUGCAGAGCGACUUGGUGUUGGUCCUCUUUAUGCCAAGAUGGUAGCAGCUCCAUCUCUGUGGCUUCGCUUAGAGAUCUUAGCCUGUGAUGCAGCUUGUGCUAACUUCAGGGCAAGUGAAGUUGCAUUGGUGCUUCUCUGUACUCAACUGGAUUCUGGAGUUGCAGACCUUGGCACCAGGCAGGACCCCAGUACUGGUGCUGAGAUCAUGCGACUUGUAAACUUUGCCAUUGAGCUACAGAAACUCUGCAAGAUUCCAGACAGCAGCUUUUUCUGCUGCCAUGAAGUAGUUCUGCUGAUCCUGGCAAGGUAUAAUGCACAAUGCCAGAUGCCUCAUCGCCAGCGCCUUGUGUGGAAAUUGUCCCAACGUACAUUACGGUAUUUGCGGCCCACUGACAAAUUGACCUCCAUUAUGCCCACCAUUGAUGAACAUGGGCAGCUGCAAAUGCCUACACGUAUCAGAUCUGGUAGCGUCAGCUCCGAUGAGAGUUGGGAUUCAGAGAAAGAAGAUGUAGCUGCAGAAUGGGCUCCACCACUGAACCCUGCUGAAUGGACUGUUGGAGCUAUGAAUCCAUUGCCAGAAGAGGAUGAAUCCAUUGUUAAAGGUGCUUCAUCGAAGUUCCUGCGUGAUGCUAUGGCAGCUUAAUUCCAUAGGCCUCAGCUAUUCUGGGAAGUAUUGGUACAGUAAUUGCCCAUGUAUUCUUUGUGCUGAUUUCUUCUAUGUAAAAAUAAAUUGAACAUAUGCUGUGAAAAUAUUGUAAAAAAAGUACAAAAAAUUUAAAAUGCUCAUCUAAAAAGUGUAUGCACACAGUGAUUAAUGUACUGUAAACAAAAGGUGGCUUGACUUGAAUUUCUCUCCAGAAUGUGUACUGUGGAGCUUCUGUUUCAUUGUGGUGGGAGAAAAGAGGAAAUCCCAAACUUUAAUGGUGUUAUGCUAGUCAGUCUUGUUACCACGACAAUUUUUAAUUUCAUAGUGGCAUUAUGGAGACAAGGUGUGCAGCAGAUGUAUUGCUAUAGGUGAUUUACUAGUGAUAUUUGAGAUAAGUUGCGAUAUUUGUAGAGCUGUAAGAAUACAUAUGUUUAUUAGUGAUAUGUAUAUUAUAAAAUAGAACUUUUCUGUUGGUUGUUUCUGUGGGAUUAGCAUUUUCUGUCUGACCCCCUAAUUUCCCCAAAAUAUUUACUGUUAUGCUACAUCUGCUGUAAACUAGGCAUUUCAUAUCCAGCGGGUUCGGUUCACUAGAACACUGCCAUUCAUUGCUGUGAAUAUCUGCUUAUCUGUUGUAAAUCACAGCUAUUAUUUUUAGUAAUGGAUGUGUACUGUGACAAAUUUUUAUUUGCAAGUUAAUGAUAGCAUUUAAUAAUUGUGGUUCCAAAAUCUUAGUUGUAAAUCUCAGGGGGAAAGAAUGCAAUGUUGCAAAAUAUACAUCACUGCAUAAAAUAACAGGACCAUUUAAAAAGCACAAUGAACCACAAGAAUGAAAGUACAAAUAAUAAUUGAAUCGUGUGUAACAAAACUAUUACUGUGAACGUUUUCUAAGGUGCAAGGACUUUCAUUGGUUUGAUUGACUGAUUCAGCUGCUAUAUACUUUAAGCAUUUGGUGACAGCUCCUGCAAAGGGCUUGUAUAUAUAAUUUCCAAGCAACAUUGAGUCUUUGAAAAUUAAUUUAAUCCAGCCAUCUGUUAGCCGAUUUGUUUACAAGUAAGGCUGAUGAAUAUGUGAAACAUUUAGUGUUCUAGAAAAUAAGUAUGUUUGUUUUUAUAAAUAAUAUAGCCUAAAUAGCAACAGAACUGAUGCAUGUACAACCCUGGAAGUCAGAUGUUCCCAUACAUUUCAGUAUUGUACACUGCAGUUAGUGUUUGUUUUUCAUAUAAAUAUAUAUUAAUGAUGGAUGAAUGUCCUUUUCUACAUGAAAAAGUUAAGCUGCAGGCAAUAGAAUUUAUUUUUAUUUAAAUAUGAAUAACAUUGUCUUUUAUAUGUACAAUAUAACUAUGUAUAUCUGUUACAUGUGUAACUUUGAUUUCAUGCAGAAACAUGAAUUAACUAAUAUUGUGGCUUCUUGCACUCUUGACAACCCCAGUUGGCACUUGGUUGUUGAAAACGAUGUAUAUGUUUUAUGUGUAUUUGAAAUUUUGUAAAUUAAAAUUCGGAACUGUAUGUGUGUUGAAAUUUCCAGUGUAUGAUAUAAAUUGUUUCAUUCUUGGUGGAAAAUACAAGAUUAGUAAAUAAUAACAGUU